CUGGAACCUGGGCUCCGCCUGGCGCCGGCAGCGGGGGCGCGCCCCUCCGUACCGCAGCGCAGCGCAGCGCAGCGCGGGAUUUCUUGACCUGUGGGGAUCCCUGCAGACCAGAUGUAAUAACUCCGCAGGCUGUACUUGGCCCACAGGCUGGAGGUUGAACACCCCAGUCUAUAAGGUACAGAUCUACCAUGCCUUCUCAGUGACCUGGUAUGGUCAAAGGGGAGACUCAGGGGAUUGCUGUCCAGGACGUGUGAUCUUGUGAAGUGGAAGAGCGGGUAUUUGUUUCUCCAACUUUCUAGGGAGAGAGCAUCUUUGGUUGUGUCAUUCUGAGAUUGCACACCCUCACCUGCUUCAGUUGAGGCUCUUCAUAAAACAAACUGGCUCUGAAAGAAAAAAGUUGAAAGCAAAGAGCUGGGGAGUAUGAAAAGUUGUGUAUCUCUGAUUUAGUUAAGUUUAUAAGGUGCAUAAGUCUAUACCCUGCCAUCAGAAAGGAAGAAUCAUCCUCAUCCAGCUUGCUUAACUGGUUCAAUGACAGAGCAGAAAUAAGAGGAAAAUUUCCCAGUGGCUUAUAUGUCUUCUGAAGACUAGUUAACACAUGAGCCAAGUUGGUAGCAACUGGAAGUUUUUCUGUUUGUGAAAUACAGAUUUGUUGUGAUUUCAGUAGCAGUUUCCACUAGGUAUGGGGUGAAACCAAGACCACAACUAGCCCCUUGGCAUCUGCAGUGGAAGAGCUAAGGAGGCUGAACCCUCCAAGCCCUGCUGCAGGUCACUUCUUGUAAAAGUGAAGGCAUAGUGAUAGGACUGCAGAGAAACUCACUCUGCUCUUGGUCUCAGACUGGACUGACUGACUCAGUUCCCUCGGCACCUUUCAAUGGCCACUAAAACUGAUCCCAGCUUUAAAAAAAAUCAAACAGAAUUGGAAACAAAAAGAGAUUUGCUCUGUCAAUUUCUCUUAGGUGAAAACACUGGAAGCAGCUCCUAGCGCUUCCUUGGGCAUUGGCUAUGGCUGUACCUAUAGCAGUUCUCGACUGUGACCUCUUGCUGUAUGGCCGUGGACAUAGGACAUUGGAUCGCUUCAAGCUGGAGGAUGUCACUGAUGAGUAUCUGAUGUCCAUGUAUGGCUUUCCUCGACAAUUCAUUUACUAUCUGGUGGAUCUUCUGGGAGCCAGCCUCUCUCGCCCUACACAGCGGUCCAGGGCCAUCAGUCCAGAGACACAGAUUCUUGCUGCAUUAGGUUUUUAUACUUCUGGUUCCUUUCAGACUAGGAUGGGAGAUGCCAUUGGCAUCAGCCAGGCCUCCAUGAGCCGCUGUGUUGCCAAUGUCACCGAGGCAUUGGUGGAAAGAGCCUCACAAUUCAUUCAUUUUCCAGAGGAUGAAGCCUCAAUGCAGAGCCUGAAGGAUGACUUCUAUAGCCUGGCAGGGAUCCCAGGAGUGCUAGGGGUGGUUGACUGCACCCAUGUGGCAAUCAAAGCACCAAAUGCUGAGGACCUGUCCUAUGUGAACCGAAAGGGCCUGCACUCUUUAAACUGCCUGAUGGUUUGUGAUGCCAGAGGAGUACUUCUGAGUGUAGAGACACACUGUCCGGGCAGCCUGCAAGACUGCACUGUGCUACAGCAGGCAGCCCUUACCAGCCAGUUUGAAGCUGGGCUGCACAAAGAUGGAUGGUUGCUUGGUGACAGCUCCUUCUUUCUCCGAACAUGGUUAAUGACACCUCUGCAUAUCCCCGAGACCCCUGCAGAAUACCGUUAUAACAUGGCACAUUCUGCCACUCACAAUAUAAUUGAGCGGACAUUCAGAACCAUUAGAUCACGGUUUCGUUGUCUAGAUGGGUCCAAAGGCACCCUGCAAUAUUCUCCAGAGAAGUCCAGCCACAUUAUUCUGGCCUGCUGCGUGCUUCAUAAUAUCUCUCUGGAACAUGGGUUAGAUGUGUGGUCUACCCCAGCAACAGGACAGAUGGAACAACUAGAGGAGGAAUAUGAGCAAAUGGAAUCUAUGGACUCUGAAGCCUAUAAUAUCCGCCAGGAGCUUUUACUUACUCAUUUUAGCUAAUACAUUGAGAAAUGAGAGACCUUUAAAGAGGGACCUGAAAAAAACAUGGGAGCAAUAUACUCAUCCUUUCCUUUAACUUAGUAAGAUGAAGGACUAGGGCAAGCAUGGAAGAAGGAGAAACAGCACUGAAAAAUUUACUCUGGGUUUUAUACAAUAUUAGACUCUUGAUUCCUUUGUAAAUACUGUAUUUGAUCCUUAAGUUCUCUAUACUCUAGCCUAUGCAGACCCCAGAUUCCCACCUGGUUUAGAGGUGCCAGGAAUGUGAUUUACUGGGAAAUAAUUUUCUGAUAGUUAUGACAAGUCUCUAUACAUUACAAAAACAACAAAACUAUGUCACUCUAUUAUUAUAGUGGUCCAGCCUGUCCAUGCUUAGUGAGUUUUAAACAAUUUCCAAAUCUUUUGGGGUAAGUUUUCAGCUGGGCCCCUCCCUAGUCUCAACCUGUGCACAUGUGAAAACAUUAAAACACUUACUUACACUUGCAGUUUGCCCAUGCUAACACUUACUAUACAUCUUUCAACCACCUUUUAAAUAUUCUGACACCAGUACACAUGGAAGUGUUCAACUCUGCAUGCACAAAACCCACUGGCCCUGGGUGCAAACGUUAACACUUGCACAGGCAAGGAGUUAGAUUAUUUCAAAGGGCACAUAUAUUGUGUGCAGAUGCCCAAGUAAUAGCUAAGGGCUGAACAUUGGUUUCCUUAAAAACAUUAAAGUGAAACUUAAGGGGAAAAGAGAGGUCCUAACAUAAGCUACCUGACAUACAAUGGGAAAUAAGAUGGCAUACUUAACUCUGGUUCCUACUGAAUACUCACCCAUCACAGCCAUAGUUGGUUUUUCUUAUAAACAAACAGGAUUGAUUGAGCUUUCCCCAUCUCUUUCCCCACGAGAGGUGAUCUGUUCAGAGCAGAAGUGAAGCAUAGCAUGAGGCAUACUACCAUUUGCCAUGUCGUACCUGAUCUUUAGAUAAACAGAUUUCAGUUUAUGCGGCUUUUAUGGACCCAUGAAUCUUUUAAGCAAACUAUUGGUGUGUUUCAGGCAUUCUAAUAAUGUCUUCUCUUUUUGAAGAAUUCACAUUAGAGUAAACUCAUCCACCAGUCCUGCUGAAUUCCAGUAUGAUGGCACAGUCUUGGGAAACUUACCAUAUUUCUUGAACAGGUUCUACCCUUUAUCCUGGGCAGUGACUUAUUUUCCAUUUAUGUAAUACUAAAUGGAAUGGAAUUCAGAAUUUAGUGACUCAUGCACAAAGAUUUUGACACUUACACUGGCAGCAUGUGACAUAUUGGAUCUCAGUUCUUUGUAGAAGAAACAAGAUGAUUAUGGCCUGCAGCUUUGACAAGUGGGGAAAUAGAAAAAACUGAUUGCCUGGUGCUAGCACAAGGCUUGGAAUUGGAUACUGCCAGGAUAUUUCUGCCAGGGACUGCAAGUACCCAAUGUUUACUGUCGUUUACAUAGUAAGCAGUGACUUCACCAAGAAUUUAACAAGACUCACCAGAGGCCUUUAUUUGAACUGUAAAAGCUUUCAAUUACCAAAUGUACAUAUAGAUUGAUCCAUACACUUUUUCUCUUGUAUCUUCUCUCACAGAGUGGCUUCAGAACUCCUGCUGCUCUGCAUGGGUCUGUUCUUUGUGCUAGGCAUAUGUCUGAACUUCCUUAACAAGAGACCUUUAGUAAUUAUUUUCUUAUAAUUGCUUCUGAAAGACUGUGCUAAUAUAUCCUGAUCUUAUCAUUCAAAUGCAAGCAAGAGCUGAUUAGGAACAAGGGAGCCCAGAGCCAGAUGAGUCUUCUGAGUGCAGGUACAAUAAACUACUAUUUAAUAAGAAAACUACCAUUCUUAAUUAAACACCUUCUCUAACUGUACUUAUGACAAAUCGGUGGCAUAAGUCUUUACAGUAGUCCAGCAGAGAGCACUGUAAUGUCAUGAGGGAUGCUAUUUCUGGAAUGUAUUUAGCACAGGAUUUUGUCCUCCUAUAGCCAUAAUCUCUUUUGAUGGGGUCUCAUUUUGAGGCUUGGGCAACAAAAGGGAAAAAUAAAGGGUAGAUCAUUGUCUUUUGGGAGACAUCCUAGUGAGUUGCUUUCUGAUUCUAAAGUGCUCAAGCUCUCUUUGCUUUAACAUGUUGGUAAUAAAAUCCCGUUUACAAACUCUGA